CCAAUCUACCCUGAUUUUUGUCGAUGAUCAUUAGGGGUUACAGAUCUAACUCGAGCGAAAUGAUUAGGUACCUGCUUAGAAAUACUUUGUACGAUCAUAAAGUGAAACACUCUUCGUGUAUUUUAGUCUAGUGUUUACAGUGUCCUACCUAGUCCAUGCCUACUUAUACGAGGAUUUAGUGAAACGAGAAUUUCAAAUCGGAUCUCUUUUGUAUUCUUAUUAAGAAAGCACUGCACAUGUACAUGUAUAACGCGUUGCGUCAAUUUAGUUUGAAUUGGCCGUUACAAAUAUACGCAUGUCAAAGUACCACACGUGGUCUACUCAAGUGAGAACACUCUUCGUUACAUUACUUAAAUAUAAUGAAUUUUAGAGAACCGUCGCAAUACAGGAUUCAACGUUCGAACAAAUGAAACUUUGUAUCAGUACUGGGGAAUACAUGGAACAAAAAUUUUAAUGCGAUUCCCUGUGUUAAAUCGUUUAUGAUUUUAUAGAAUGUAAUCACAGCUUCAAAGGUAAAGGACUCUUGUGAUCUUAUUUUCUUUUAAGAGUAACAUCUCUUAAGUCCUUACAUUAAAUAUUGUUUCCUUAAUAUAUUUUAAUAUGAUAGAAUUAAUAACAUUGGAAUUGAGACCUAGACUUCUGAUAUGCAAUGCUUUUAUUCGCUUGCAAAGAAAAGUAAACUCUGCGCUAAUUAAAAUAAAGCUUUUAGAAGAAAGUAUUGAAAUAUAUAUAGGAAAUAAAACAUUAAAAUUGUUGGUAAAGUCUAUGAGAUUAAUACCAAAUUCAUUGUCAGCGUUAAGUAUAAUAAAUAAUUGGAUCUGUUUUCGUAUACAAAUUGGAUCUGAUUCUGCUUUCGGAUCUUUCCAAACAGAAUUGAUCGAUAACUCAGUGCCAAAGAUAAAUUUUCCAAAUGAUUCUAAGAAUAAUUAUCAUUUAGAAAACAGUUUGUUACUUAAUAUGUCUUGUUGCAAAAUAUUAUGCGCGUGUUGUAAAUCUAAUCUUUCCAAAGAAAUGCUUGUCGAAAGAGUAUUGCCUGUUCCAGACUUGGAUUAUGAUCCAAGCGAAUGGUUUUGUUGUAAACAUAAUCAGGAAGCUGUUAUAAAAGAUUUGGUGCCAUCAGAGACUGAUAUUUUUUACGGGCCAUUUUUCUUCAUUUUCAAUUUGAAUGUAUUUAAUGACGGUUUAAAAGUAGAUGGAAAUAAUGCCAUCUGCAACAGAUGCCUACAAUAUUUAGGAAAGGUAGAUAAGAAUAAUUCGCUUAAACUAUGGAGUUAUUCCAUUGAUUACAGUUUACCGAACAACUUAACAGAGAGUGCAACCAAUCCUUUUAAUGAUUUUUUAAUAGCUAUAAAAAGUAUGACUGGUAUUAUUGGGGAGGAGAUAGUUUUACAAUCUUCUGUGGAUAAAGACACGCAUUGCCUUACCUUAAAACCGAUGGAUUGGAAUUUGAAUUUAAUGGUAGAACCUAAAGCAAUUUUAAAUAAUGAUAUAAUAACUUUGCAAAAAGUAUCUAUCGUUAAAGUAUUAUAUAAAUAUGAGACAAACAAAUGUAUCACAGACUCUUCGAAUAAGACGUACCGCGAAGUAGGUUUGUCAGUGAUAAAAACUGGUUUAGAACAUUUAGUAUCAUCGACAAAACGGUUUCCGCAAUCUUAUAGAGUUGCGUCCGAUUACUAUAUUGGACACAUAUAUUUGGAGAAACCUACAAAUGAAAUUUAAUAACAGUUUCUUAAUUUUCAUAAGAACUAACUUUUAUUGCUCUACGAAUAGACGGUAAAUAUUCUUUCUUUCCCUUUCGAUAUUGAAAAUGAAAAUAUCGUAAUUAUAAUUUAACUUCAAUCAAUAUUCAUGUAUUAUACGAAAACACAAAUAAAAUUUUAU